CCUUUGCUUCUAUUACUUGAGCGAUUAAUGCUGUGCGUCUUUGCGGAAAGAGAAAAAGGAAAAGCUGCUGUUUACUGGAACAUCUCAAUGGAUGUGGACGCAAACAUCAUGGAGAAAACUGUGAAUAUUAAGGAGAAGGACUGUCAGUGGGAGUCCAUCUACCUUAAACAGGAAAGUCUGAGCAUCAAGGAGGAGGACAGUGAACUGCAGCCAGUGGGCAUUAAAGAAGAACCUGAAGAGAUGUCUGUCAGUAUCGAGACACAUAACCAUACAAAUAUGGACAGUGUAGAAGAAGACAACCUUCAUGAUGGGUGUCAAAAUGGAGUGGUCACCAGGUUAGACUCUUCUCAUAGCAAACACUGUUCAUCUCCAGAGUCUGAAUUCUUAGAGUCUGGACCAAAGAGGGCUGAGGAAUCUACAUCUGUUAGAGCUCAGAAAAAUAAGCGACCACCUUCACAGAAGUCUGGAGAAAGAAAGGAAGAUCACUGCUGUGUGGAAUGUGACAGAGAAUUCCCUAAAAAGAGUGCUCUUCAGACACACACGAGAGUUCACACCGGAGAGAAGCCAUAUUGCUGUCAUGAAUGUGGUAAACAGUUUUCAGAGAUUCUACAGACACACAUGAGAGUUCGCACCAGAAAGAAGCCAUAUUGCUGUAAUGAAUAUGGUAAACAGUUUUCACAGAGCGUCAGACUUCAGAGACACACAAGAGUUCACAACAAAAUAAAAACAGUAGCAGUUCAAAAAUUAGUCCUUAAUAAACAAGAACCCUUCAGGACUUAA